CCGUUCCCACAAAAAUUUCAUAAAUUAUGUGAAAUAAUGUUUGUUUAACAAAAAUUCUAAUAGAGUGCUGCACCUACAAGACUCCUCAUUUGGCGCAUUAGAUUCAAAAUUAUUUGCCGUACACAAAAACGGACAACAUGGAAAUCAGAUCCUAUGCAGAAAUGUCACAUAUCGUAGACGAAAUGUUUGAUAAAUAUGUUACAAAUCCAACUUUUCUAACAGGAUUAGGUUGUGGUUUAUCUAUAGGACUAUUAUGUGUUUUUUUUAAUAAGUCAAGAAGGAAAAUAGCUCCAUCAACAACAAAUUUAUUAGCGACAAAUAAUGAGGAAAUUAGUACAAAUGAGAAACAAAAUAAUAAGGCAGAUAAUGGAGUUAGACGUAGAAAAACGGAAUCUUUGUUUCAGCAUUUAGCAGAUGGAGAUGGUGAAUAUAAAAUGGUAUUAGCAAUUAGAACGGACUUAAAAAUGGGUAAAGGAAAAGUAGCGACACAAUGUUCACAUGCAGCAAUAUUAGCAUAUCAGCAAGCAUUACGUAUCGAUCCGAAAAUAUUAAAAGAAUGGGAAUAUGCAGGACAAAAGAAAAUCACAGUUAAAAUCGAUUCCGAAAAAGAAAUGCUUGAGUUACAACAGAAAGCACGUGCGAUUGGAAUAUUGACGAGUAUUGUUCGUGAUGCCGGUCGUACACAAGUAGCACCCGGUUCAAAAACCGUGUUAGCUAUUGGACCAGCCUCGAACGAUUUAAUCGAUCAAGUGACUGGUGAUUUAAAGUUGUAUUAACUUUUAAGUUUGUGAUUUUGUUUUAUUUUAUGUAAAUAAAAUAUUAAAAUGAUUUGAUUAUUAUACAUCCUGUA